GGAAGCGCUAGUUAGUGAAUUUGAUAUAACGUAGUGUUUUGCAAAAUCUAUUGAUCGUAAUACUCAGUUCUUAAAAGUUAUUCAAGAUGAUGCCAAUGGAAUAUUUCUGGAAGAAAGGAAAACAAACUUUUAAGAUUUUGAAGCCUUGGUGGGAUGUUAUAACAGAUUAUUUAGUGAUACUUUUAGUAAUGUUAUCCGUUCUUGUUGCUGGUAUGGAGGUAACAUCAGGCAGUUUGGAAUGUGUAGCAGUUGUCGAUUGCCCCAGUGCAUCAAAACCAAACUUGAAUGCGUCUUGGCCACUUGUGAAUUUAAAAUUUCCCGAUACAUGUAAAAAAUUCUACGAGUCUCAAAAUACAAGCUUUGUUGAAAGAACGGAAGUCGUUACAGAUCACGAAGUCAAUAUUAUAUACAAAAGUUUUGUCAAUUCAGAAUGCAGUAAAAGCGCGAUUCAAGACUUUUUGGCUUAUUUGUGGAUCGUAUUGUUCGCUGAAGCAUUAUGGCUUUUUAUUCUCGACAAUUUCUGGUUGAAACUUCCUUUAACUUCGUCGUUAAUUGAAACAUUUGUUGAUCUCGUGAAGGAGUGUUACGACUCACCUUGUACUAAUUCAGGAGUUACUCACGCAGUAAUCAAGCAAAAUUUCAAACAAACGAAGAAAUACGUUAGACUCCCAAGUAACGAAACUUCCGAUUUUACAGAUCAAUGCAAUUCUGCCAAUUUCCUUCCAGAAAAUACGAGUGCGUUACUGGGCUUGUAUGAGAAAGUGCAAACACUUAAGGAAGACAUAUCAACAUCUCAUUGCAUUACAAAAGUUUCGAAUCUCUAUACAUUCAAAAGUGUGCUUCAACUCAUUUCAGUAAUAAUAUUUCUCGUCAUUAAUAUUUAUUUCUUGAAACAUAUAAAAGACACAAUGACGUGUACACUGACUCAGCACAUUCCCAUCCCUCACGAUUAUUUUCUAUGUUCCCAUAACCUUGCUCCGGCCAUGCAUUGUAUUGUUUAUGUUUAUGUUGUGUUUUUGGCAUUGAGUGGAUUGGUAUUCCUUAGAAUAGUUUUUUGGACAUUUGUGUUGCUUUGUAAGAAAUGCAAAUAUGAUUUUUCCAUUGAAAUACGUCAACGAAGUGGUAAUCAAUUAUCACAUAUACAUCCAGAAGAUGGAGAUCUUGGUUUUCUUCUUCAUUUAUUGCACGCCUACAAUAAAAUGUACGUCAUUAGGCUCGCUCAUUUUCUUUCCGAAGUGAGCACAAAGGAGACUUUGGCUGAUGCAUUUCCUGUUGCAGUUUUAGAAACCACUUUAGACCAAGAAGGAAAAUUGUCUUUUUCUCGUCUUCCAGGAAUUCCACCCACAAUUUUUGAGCAAUUAAUUCCCGAAAAACUCAUUACACUCAAUUUCAGCAAUUGUAAUCUUGAAACAGAUGAUUUUGAUAACUUCCAGAAGCUCAUUAGACUGAAAUGUUUAUUCAUUCUGGAGUGUGGCCUCGAUUUGAUUCCAGAGAAACUGUUUAGUAUGGCAUGGCUAGAGGAGCUCCAUCUCAAUGGAAACCUCAUAAAGAAGAUUACUGAUGGCAUUUCAAAAUUGAGAAGUCUUUCUGUCCUCAAUGUUAGCCACAACAAACUCCAAGACGUUGAUCCCGACUCGGUGUCAAAAUUGGAAAAUCUGAAGUCACUUGACAUUAGUAAAAAUCCUAAUUUGAAAAUGGAUGCUCUACGUGAGGUCCUUGAAUGUAAAGAAUUGCAAAACUUGGUUUGUCCGUCUCAUCUCAUGGACAGAGCUACACGAGACAAGCCGAAUGAUAUCGAUCUAGAAAGGUUACGCAAUCUUACUCAUUCAAACUAAGCCCGAAAACAUUUCUAAGUUAAUUUAGAGGCUAAUUUGCAGGUUUAAUCAACAUUACUACGCAACUUAUCGUUUAGAACUUAGUUUACCAGUUUUUAAUUAAUUCAAAGCACACAAUUUAUGUAUAUGUUAAUAGCAUUGUUUAGCGACCGUGCAGUUGAUCCAAUGAACGUUCCUUGAGCGAGUCACAUGAUAGAAAGUCAAGUUUUGAACGACUAUUUACUGGAAAUGAUGAAGGCAAUUGAUUUGUAGCACGCCAGCACCAAAUUGUGUUGGCGCUGAUGCAAACUACUACAGACUUGAUUAUAA